GGGGCCGUGGCAUAAUAAUUUUUUUCCCCUUGUCCUUUUUUUUUUCUUCUAUCAAUUGGAUAUCUUCUCUAAAGCCCUAUUUCAAACGAAGUCAUUUCAUUUCAUUGUUCGCUGGUAUUUACAUCGAUCGGAGUUUGCUGUUUUCACAUGUCGACUCCCGUACAAGACUUCCCCCCGGAGGCAGAAGAUAGCUGUCGAGACAGCGAUUCUGCGUCUGAUAGCUUGAGUAUAGCCAAUAAUGACGAAGGAUGGGAAGAUGUUGAGCCUGAGGAAGAGAGUCAACCGGUUGUGGGACUGUUCACUGCAGAUGUUUACCCCGAUGUCCGUGCCAUGUUGAAAGAUACCAAGGAAAGGUACAACUUUGACUUCGUGAAGGUGCAGAGAGAUCUCGACCUGGACUUUCUAGGAAGCGUUCGACUGGUCAAUUAUUUGCGUUCGGAGAUAAAAAAAGGGAACAAGGAACCAUCUGUCAGCUCUACAGCUUUAUUUCAGGACGAUAUUUACCUCAAGCCGGUUCUCGACGACGACACCUUACUUUAUAGCCUGGACGACCUUACCGACGAAGUGGAAGUCGAAGACCCGGACAAGUCCAACGAGAAGCGGAUUCUAGAACUUCAGGAGGAGUUAGAAAGAUUGAAAACCCAGUUCUCGGAAUACAGACUGGCGGUACAGAAGUCAAUUGGAGAACAACUCGCUGGUACAUCAGUCAAUGACAACCCUGCGGGGUCUGAAAUACCGAAAAGGGGAAGGAUUGAAGAGGCCGAUGCCGACUAUUUCACCUCCUACUCGUUCAAUACAAUCCAUGAAACCAUGCUCAAGGACACUGUGCGGACUGAUGCUUACCGUGACUUUAUCUAUGAUAACAAGGGUCUAUUCAAGGAUAAGGUUGUCCUUGAUGUUGGUUGUGGGACAGGCAUUCUGUCAAUGUUCUGUGCGAAAGCCGGAGCGAAAAUGGUUAUUGCGGUAGAUAACUCCAACAUCAUCCAGAAAGCUCGUGAAAACAUCUACAAAAAUGGGUUCGAACAUGUCAUAAGAUGUGUUCGUGGCAAGAUCGAAGAAGUUAGCUUGCCUGUGCCCCAAGUCGACAUCAUUGUUUCGGAAUGGAUGGGAUAUGGGCUGCUGUUUGAAGCAAUGCUGGACUCGGUACUUUGGGCUAGAGACCAUUAUUUGGUCCCAGGAGGGCUGAUGGUUCCAUCACACACCACUCUGCGUAUUGCUCCGUACGUGGACAGUGAUUUUGUAGAUUCUCAUGUGACUUUUUGGAAAUCUGUUUACGGCUUUGACAUGUCCAGCAUGCUCGAAAACAUCCAUGAUGAGGCCAUCGUUACUACAACCAAACCCGAAACUGUGGUCGGCUCGUCAGCUGUCUUUCUACCACUUCCGCUACACACAAUAACGGUUGAAGAACUGUCCUUUGUGAAGAGCUUUGAAGUGACACUUAAAGAAGACAUUCCUGGACUUGACGGAUGGAAUAUUUGGUUUGACACUUUCUUUCUGCCUUCUCCUACAUUCAAGUUCGACGAAAAUGUCGAGCCUUCAGAAAUAAAGAAGAAAGGCCUGAUUGCCUUUACUACUGGUCCUUUUGGCACCGAAACGCACUGGCAGCAAUGUGUGCUUCUUGCAAACCAUAGCGGAAAAGAACCUACUCUGCUCAAGAAAGGACAGACCAUUAAGGGCAGUGUCGGUUAUCAAAAGAAGGAAAAAGGCUCACGGGCUCUCGAUAUUGAGGUUCUCUGGGACAUUGAUGGUAAUCAGCAGCGGCAACUUUGGUCAUUGCAGUGAAAACAAAUCAAGGACUUAGAAGGCCUUAUAUCCUAUUCUUUGAAUCAUUAAAAAUAUCUUA